AUGAACAAGAAACUUGAAGUUCUCCAGCAUUUGUCCAGUUCAUCACUUUUACACCCUGGGAGAAAAUAUGUCAUGGAGCUACUCGACUAUUUUCAACACAAUGGCCCUAACGGCACACAUCUCUGCCUCGUGCUCCCAGUUAUGUUGUCUGACGGUAGGGAAAUGACUGUCCGGGGCCAACCACGCGAUGCAGCCUAUAUAAAGAAUCUAUCUGCAGAGAUAAUUCUUGGUUUGGAUUUUCUCCACGAGUCCAACGUCAUUCACUGUGACCUGCAACUAGCAAAUAUUUUGUUCUCUUUGGCCGCCUCGUCCGACCUUGAUAUCCAGCUCCAACAGCCAGAAUUUUGUCCUGUAAAGUGGCUUGAGGGAAUAGCGGUUGACGAAUCUGCUCCAAAGUACUUGCUACCUUCGCAGAGAUUUCGUGGAGCCUUGGAUAAGGAGGAGAUUUCUUCUCUUGUUGUCAAAAUCGGUGAUCUUGGUGGAGGGAAGUCUAUCUUGAACCCUGUUCGCGAGCAGCCAAUAACCCCGAGGGCAUUUCGUGCUCCCGAAUUGAUUCGCAGAGAGAACUGGGAUGCGAGCAUCGAUAUCUGGUGCCUGGGAUGCUUGAUCUUCGAGUUUGCUACAAAUGAGUCACUCUUUACAUUAAACACCUUUGGCGUUACUAUAGAGGACGUUAACGAGGAACAUAAGUCUCUCAUCAACGACAGAAUCGGCAAUGAUGGUCGGGAUUGUGGAGUCUUUUUAGACUACCUGGAGCAACAGCUGCCUUCAACCUUCGGAGAACAAGAUAUCCAACCAUUUGCCGCAUUUCUACGCAGCAUGUUGCAAACGAAUCCACGUCAACGUAUUUCCACGGCACAGCUACUUCGUCAUUCAUGGCUCGUGGAAGGACUUAGAAGCGAUACCUUGUCGUCCGAAAUCUCGAGAACUAUCAACAAGGAUGUCGGGCCCCUCGAGCACUCUACUUCAUUUCUGCCCCAGAAGCCCGAGGUUGUUCCUUAA